ACUACUCCAAGAACAUCGCAAAAGAUAGUAUGAGUGCCGAAGUAGAAGCAGCUACCGCUAAUGUAGUCGAACCCAAAGUUGACCAAUUGAAAGUAGAAGACUUAUCUCUUGAAGAUUCUGUUACCCCUGAACCAGAAUCCACUGAUGCCGCUCCUUCCAAAAAGAAGAAACCCAAGAAGAAAAAGAAGAAGAUCACAACCAUAGACGCCUCCUACCCAGACCACAUUUUCCCAGAAGGUGAAUGGCAAGAAUAUCCACUCGACGUCAACUCCCACCGUACCACUUCUGAAGAGCUUCGAUACUUGGACCGUCAAUCCAACAACAAAUGGGAGGAUUUCCGUAAAGGUGCCGAAAUCCACCGUCGUGUUCGUCACAAGGCCCAAAGCAGUAUUAAACCCGGUAUGUCCAUGAUUGAAAUUGCAGACUUGAUUGAGAACUCUGUGAGAGCAUAUUCAGGUAAUGUUCAUACCAAAGAAGCCGGUAUUGGGUUCCCAACUGGGUUGAGUUUAAAUCACGUUGCUGCGCACUACACACCAAACACCGGAGAUAAAAUGGUGUUGCAUAAGGAUGAUAUCAUGAAAGUGGAUAUUGGUGUGCACGUAAAUGGUCAUAUUUGUGAUUCUGCAUUCACAAUGACUUUUGAAGAUACAGGAAAGUACAAUCCAUUGUUGCAGGCAGUCAAGGAAGCUACCAACACUGGGAUUAAAGAAUCAGGUAUAGAUGUUAGAUUGAAUGAUAUUGGUGCUGCCAUUCAAGAAGUCAUGGAAUCUUAUGAAGUUGAAGAAAACGGAAAAUUUUACCCAGUCAAAUGUAUAAGAAACUUGAAUGGUCACAACAUCGGAGAUUACGUUAUUCAUUCCGGUAAGACCGUGCCUAUUGUUCCUAAUGGAGACAUGACCAAGAUGGAAGAAGGGGAAACUUUUGCUAUUGAAACCUUUGGAUCUACUGGUAACGGGUACGUCAUUACUGAGGGCGAGUGUUCUCAUUAUGCUUAUAUGCCAGAAUCAGACUCUAUCCGUCCACCAUCGGAAAGAGCCAAGGAAUUGUUGGAUAAUAUCAAGGCAAAUUUUGGUACUUUGCCUUGGUGUAGAAGAUACUUGGAACGUGCUGGUGAAGACAAGUAUUUGUUUGCUUUGAAUCAAUUGGUUAGAGCUGGUAUCGUCGAAGAUUAUGCUCCUUUGGUGGAUAAGAAGGGAAGUUAUACUGCCCAAUUCGAACAUACCAUAUUGUUACAUCCACACAAGAAGGAAGUGGUUACCAGAGGGGAUGACUACUAGGUGAACUAUAUACAUGGCUACUCUAUUGUACAUAUCAAUUGGCUUUAUAUAUCAGCAAUAAAUAACCUUUAAAUUGCAACCAACCCACAAUCAACAACUGUUUUCUCGCUAGUAUCAUUGUUGACAAAGGUAACUUGUCUCACAUGUACAUUUCCUAAAUCUGCAAGCCAUGAAAACAACACUCGUGUAACUUUCUUUACUUCAUUGAUAAUAUCGUAACUAGGUUUCAAGUUUGGAUGAAACCACAACGUAACUCUUGUAUAUACAUCCGACUGGGUGAAUGAAAUCCCCGUUAUCCCAGUAGUUGUUUCAUAAUCAUAUAUUCUAUUUGAAACAAUAAAUAGGGUUAAUUUUAGUAAUUUGUCAGUAGUGAUGUUCUUCAAUUCCAAGUUUACAAGGUAUCCGUGUUCGUGGUACUUU